AUGUCGCCGCCACAACGUGGGCAUCCCACGGAACGUCCUUACAUCGAUUUGGCCCGACAUAACGCUUCAAUACCGCCCUAUUCAUACCCGCAACAUGAGCCUCGAAUGCCACAGAAUGCGGGCUAUGAGCGCCCUGCAAUCACACCUUUUGCUCCUCGAAUUCCUGCUUUGGGGUAUCCAGAACGAAGCGCAGAUCCACGAUACAUGCCUCCGGUCGACAAUGUAUACAUGGCUCGGCAACCACUACCCCAAGUGCUUCCACUCCGAACACAUCCACCAAGGAUCUUUGAUCCCCGAGGCUAUCAUGCAGGCCCCGAGGGACCAGGCCCAAGUUCGGGCCAUGCUCAGGACUAUGAUGGUCAACGGAGCCGAACGUACGAUGUGGACUCCCAAUAUAGCAGCAGUUCCACAGCAAUGCCCAGUCCCGUCUGGUCAGAUAAAAGCGCAGGUCUACACGCCCUAAACCCUAUACCACCCACACAAGAGCCGAAGCCUCAAUCACGAAAUACCACCUAUAGAAUGCCACACGGCUUUGACAAGCUGCUUCAUCACUCUCCAGAGCCAGAAAUACCCCCGACAUCCCGACGACCAUCCACACAAACCAGAUACCAUCUUCAUGUCCGGCAACAGCCCAUUGCCGCACGAGCUUGCGGUGCAGGAGACCGGGACCGUCGUCCCGUCGACCCUCCACCAAUCGUCCAGAUCCUCCUAUCAGACUUCGACUCGAAUUCCCAGGAAGACAGAGAUCUCCUUCAAGACCCCCGUUUCACAGUGGGAUGUCUUCUUUUCCCCGUCUUGUCCUCUUCCCCAUGGGCCCAGUCCAACCCAGAUGCCGAUCCACGACGAGAUCGGGACAGAGACCGCCAAGAUACAGACGGAAUCGCCCGCACAGACGAUGACCUUUCCACGCCUCUCCUCUCCGGAAAAGCAUUCAUGUCCCCCUUCUAUGUGGACUCAGACCCGGACCCCAACUCUGCGCCUGUUCAUCCAUCCGCCAAUGACCGCCUUUCCAGCCCUCAUGCCCUUAGUGCUGCCUCGCGGCUCCACCAGCCAGCUACCUUUUUCAUCUUUGCUGAUCUUUCCAUUCGCACGGCUGGCCUCUACCGUCUCCAAUUCCGCUUGAUGAAUUGGGGCUCCGUUGAGGAUACCGGUCAGUCAAUGCCUAUACUUGCAGAGGCUUGGUCAGAUCCUUUCCGGGUGUACCCUGCGAAGGACUUUCCUGGGAUGCAAAAUUCGUCAAUUCUGGCGGAGGGAUUGAAGGAGUUAGGGUUUGUGGAGUUGAAGACGAGAGGGGUCAACAAGGGAAAAGGGAAGAAGAGACGAUGA